CGUGACUAGAUUUUUAAUAUUGACGUAAAAAAUCUCUGACAUACAAUGUCAGAACAGAUUAUCUAAAUGAUUUAUAGGGAAUUGGGUUUAUAAGUUCUUCAGUGAAAGUUGGUCUAUUGAAUUAAAGGAAAGGACGUGGAAGUACACCAGAUAACACUACCAUGCAGUAUAUAAGAAUUCUGAUUGUUGUCACAGCGAUUAUCUCCCUUGCAGGAGUAGUAUUAUCUGGCUGUAGAUGUCAAAUCAAACAUCCACAAACUGCCUUCUGUACACAUAAUUAUGUUAUAAAAGUAAUGGUGAAAAGAAUCAAAGAAAAUCUGGCAGAAAAUGGAUACAAGCAAUAUCUUUCUAAAAAUUAUAAUCAGUUUACAGUUUUAUUUAGAAGAAUGCCAAAGAAAAUCAUCUUAAGUAGAACCUACAAAAUCAAAAUAUUGAGGGUCUUUAAGAGUAGUAAAAAAUUUAAGCAAGGCAAUAUAAAGAAAGUUAUGACCCCCGGCUCAUACAAAAGUUGUGGUGUUAUACUGAAGAAAAACAGAGUGUAUAUUUUAGCAGGUGAUGUCAUCAACACAGAGUUAUGGAUAGAUGGUUGCAGUUGGGUACAGGAAUUCAAAAGUCUAACAAAACAAAACCUGAUUGGUCUCAGUAAAAAAUAUAAACAAAACUGUAAUUGUCAAAUUAAACACUGCACUGGAAGAAACUGUAGACAUCAUCAGGAAAAUUGUGAAUUCCGACACGAAAUAUGGGGAUGUUAUAGGGAUUAUGGUAUAUGUGACCAUAGAAAACAUUCAGGCAGCUGUCAUUGGAAGCAAAAUAAAGACUUUUAUUCAUGUAUAAAAAAAAGCAAUCGAAAGCUUCGCAGGAAUAAGAAAAAAAGGAAAGUUUGACAAUUGGACAAUAUUCAAUUAGUUUCUGAUAAAAAUAAUUAAUUUCUCUCAAGAUACAUUAAAAGGAAUAAAACCACUAAUUCAUAGUUCUAUUGUUUUCUAAGGUAAAUUUGCAAUUUCAAACAUUCAUAUCUAUUUUAUCUUAAGUUUGGUAAAUUUGCAAUUUCAAACAUUCAUAUCUAUUUUAUCUCAAGUUUAAAUAUUGCGAGUCAUUUCAUGUCAAACCUGUUCAUUAUCCUGACUUGAGUUGAAAAAUUCCACAUGCCUUUAAUUGUACAUUAGAGCUCACUGGUUUCCGGAAGUUUUGUGGUACAAAAACAUGUACUACUGAUCUGAACAACAGCGCAUAUAUGCCAUCCUAUAUAAUUUCAUAUCUUUUUUUUAUCAUUCAAAAGAAAUUUUCUCCAAGGGUUUUACAGUCAUUCAAAGUACUUAAACUUUCAUUUGAUACCAAAUUCCCCCAAAUAUUUAACUUUUUGACAGCUAGGCAUAGGAUAUAUUUUAUUUAAAAUAAGCAUUCUCUUGUAUGUUUUUUUUCCCCGGGCCAAAUUUAUAGUGGUUCUAUACCUAAAAUAUUUCUACAGCUAAGUCAAUUCAGUUAAAAAAAAGUGAAACAUAUUAUUCAAAGGAGAUUAAAAAUAUGAAAAACAUAUGGAUGAUGUAGAAUUACCUUAUGUUGCCCUUCAUCAGAAAUCUUUCUACAGUAAAAACAUUUUGAUUGUCAGACUGUUAUUAUCCUCAAAA